AUGCUCUUCCUUAUGAGGUGCAGAGGUCAGACCCGUUCUAAUAUCGGCCUAGUUAUCUUUUGCGUCUUUUUGAAGGUCUGCCAUUCUGGUGUUGCUACCAAGGAGACAUUCUGUGCAGCUCUCAGCUACGUCUUUCACGAGGCCGCAGAUGACAACUUUUUUUGCGAGGACUUUGUUCAAACCCUCUCCCGCCUGCUGCACGGAACGCGAGAAGAAAUACUCAACUGGGUGUUUGAUCUCUACGACUUCGACAAGGACGGCUACAUUUCGCGCCAGGAGCUGACAGCUCUCAUUCGAGCCGUGCACAACCUUCUGGGAGCACCGCACGGCUCCAGAGGGUCUGUGGAGGAUAUCGACGAGAAGGUGAACUGGAUGUUCAACAAAUUCGACGUAGACCGCGAUGGCAAAAUCGGAAGGAGGGAAUUCAUCACCAUCUGCCUUCAGGAUCAAAUUAUACUGGAGUCACUUAAAGCAUUCGGGAACUCUCUCUAA